AUGGGACAUCCCUCCAACAACGACCUAGCCCGACACCUGAAGCUGGCGGGCGCUAGUGAAGAGUCGGUGAAGGCAUGCCAUCAACUGCAUUGCCAAACCUGCAAGAGACAUGCCCGGUCGGGUAGCAGGAGACCGGCAAAAGUCUUCAAGCCUCUUGACUUUAACGAAGAGGUCGCCGUGGACACCAUGCACCUCUAUGACCUCUCCGGGAACAAGGUGACGGUCCUCUCGAUCAUGGACGUGGGGUCUGGAUACCAUGUGGUGGCGCCCGUAACCGGGAGGAAAGCAGAAGAUUACACCCAGCGCUUCUUGAAGAGUUGGGUGGCUUGGGCCGGAGCUCCACAAAGUACCCUGGUGGACCAAGAGAGAGGCCUCAUGAAGGAUUUCCCGGAAGAGUUGGAGAAGCACGGCAUCCGGGUCAACUACACGGCGGGACAAGCACAUUGGCAAAAUGGACACAUCGAGAGGCAGAACGAGUGGUUCCGGCAGAUCUUUGACCGGGUCAAAGACCAUCUCUCCACGCAGGACCACGAGGUCGAAUGGGUCCUGGCAUCAGUGUCGCAGGCCAAGAACUACCUCCGACGUCGCCAUGGCUACUCCCCCGCUCAGUGGCUUUUUGGGGUGGCUCCUCGCUUGGGAGAAGGGAUAUUGGAUGAGGAAGACGACAUCGCUGAGAGACAGUCGGAAGAGUUGGGAGGAACACUUCAAGCCAAGGCAGUGAGGUCCGACUUGGUCAAGCUCAUCGAGGGCAUGGAGAUCGACGACGAGGAGGUCUUCGCCGACGCCGGAGAACUUGCACCCGUCGACGCUGGAGGUGAUCUUGAAUACACUCCCUCGCUUCCUGAUGAAGGCGAACCUAUGGAGGAGGAGCCAAACUCAGGGGCCAAGCGACCUGCCGACACCUCGGUGCCUGAGAGGCGCAUGCGACAAAAGGGGUACUGCCCAAUGGUCCCAGAACCAGAAGAUGUACCGGUCCCUGAGGACCAGGAACUGCUGUGCUACAUGGCCUCUGAGAAGAGGGUCCCUCGAGCUCUACAGAAGCAGGACAACCAGCUGUUCGGAUUAUUGGCCACCCACGUGGACGACAGCUCCUACGCCCGCCCGCAAGGCUCUGGAACAAGCACUCUCGGGGAUCUUCCCGAUAUAGACGCUUGGGAAGAAGCUUCGACUGGACUGGAAUAUUGUGGGGUGACGGUGAAACAGGAGAAGAAUCAGGUCACACUGAGCCAGGAGCACUAUGUGAACACACGUCUCCAGACGGUGGACAUCCCCAAAGGAGUACUACCAGAAGACCCUGCAGACGAGGUGGCCAAGAUGGACAAUCAGUCCACCAUCGGAGCUUUGUCAUGGCUGGCAUCACAGACCAGACCAGACAUUCAGGUGGGCGUCUCGAUGGCGCAAAGAAAACAGAGAUCACCCACCUACUAUAACAUCAAGGCGACCAACCAUGUGGUUCGGAUGGCCCAGAAGGAGAAGGAGGAGAAACUGGUGUAUGAUAAGCUGGGGAAUUGGAACGACCUGGUGAUCAUCGUGUACCAUGAUGCGGCAUGUGCCAACGUGGACUAUGCCGAGACCAAGGACACCGGCAUCUACUCUCAGCUGGGGUAUGUGGCGGUGAUAGCACGCCGAGAAGUUCUACUGGGGAAAAAACCAGGACAGGGCAUCGUGGCAACCUGGAAAUCCCAUGCUUGUUGCUUCCGAGCUGGGUGCCCCGGAGAGCUGUUGACCAUGACGGACUGCAAGAGUCUGUACGACUCGGUACACCGAGCCGGUGGACCGAGGGCGCCCUCUGAGAAGCGCUUGCUUGUGGACCUGGCUGCGCUGCGACAGAUGGCGCAGCAAGAGGAUGGAGAUGGAGAUCUGAAGAAUCGCCUUGAUGAACUGGAGGCAUUGGUGGAUUCCACCCUUGAGCGCCAGGCACAAGGCCUGCGGCUCAAGUGCGAGGAGUUGGAUCAGAGAUGUAAGGAAUUGGAGACAAACUCAAAGUGGAUGGGAGUGACUCUGAACCAGGAGGUGACAUCGCGGAAUGCAAUGGUUGAGGUUUUUGAGCAGAUGCUGAAGACAGAGAUGGCGAAGGUUUCCAGCUCUGUGAGUGACCAGAUCGCAGUUGCAAACUUGGACAGCAAAGAAACUCAAAAAACAGUUCUGGACCUCUUGAGCAAGGAUUCACGCAUCUUAAUGCUUGAUGUUGUAGCAUUCUUCGCCUGUGCGGCCCUUGCCCCAUGGAUGAAUGACGCGGUGCAGGAGACAUUUGACCGUCAAGAGCAGGCACGAGCAAUCAAUUGCGACCUUGCAAGCCUGGGAAACGGUGGCAGCCUGAAGUUCACGCAACAGUGUUGUUCUAGGGCAUCAGAAAUCUCCAAGGCUUGGGCGAUCGAUUGGGAAAGCUUGAAGGAGCUUGGCAUGGUGUACGCCAGGAGAGUCAUUGCGCCAGAUUACGCACCUUAG